UCCCUGUUUCAGGAAAUUGAUCACCUGCCAGAAAUAUGUUCCUGCAGGUUCUGCACUCCUUCAAGAAGCUCUAUGCAGCACUAGUGCGACGGAAACGUCAGGAGGACGACGGAAGUGAGUCGAAAUUGGCCAGAGUGCUGACCCUGUUCGAUCUCACGGCUCUGGGUGUGGGCAGCACUCUUGGCCUGGGCGUGUAUGUCCUGGCAGGCGCCGUGGCCAGGGAACAGGCCGGCCCGGCAGUGACAAUCUCCUUCCUAAUCGCCGCCAUCGCCUCGGCCUUCUCUGGUCUCUGCUACGCGGAGUUCGCAGCACGCGUCCCAAAAGCUGGGUCGGCCUAUAUCUACAGCUAUGUCAGCAUAGGGGAGUUUGUGGCCUUCACCAUUGGGUGGAAUCUCAUCCUAGAAUAUGUCAUAGGUACUGCCAGCGUUGCUCGAGGACUAAGCGGUUACCUUGAUUCAAUCUUCGAUCAAAAGAUGUCGCAAACGCUUUAUGAACUCUUUCCCAUCAAUGUCGAUUUCCUAGCUGAAUAUCCUGACUUCUUCACCUUCAUCGUGGUGAUGCUCCUGGCCGUCCUUCUUGCAGUCGGAGUGAAGGAGUCCACGCUCUUCAACAACAUCUUCACUGCCGUCAACAUGAUUACAAUAGUGAUCAUAAUCAUAGCUGGACUAAUCAAAGUGAAUCCCGCCAAUUGGGCUGUCGAUCCCAGCACCACUCCUGAGUGCAAGACUGCUGAGUGUGGUUCUGGAGGAUUCAUGCCCUUUGGCAUUGCUGGAGUGAUGGCUGGAGCGGCCAAGUGCUUUUACGGCUUUGUGGGCUUCGACUGUGUGGCCACAACUGGCGAGGAGGCGAAGAAUCCCAAGCGCAACAUUCCUCUCUCCAUCGUCCUGUCACUCAUCAUCAUCUUCCUGGCGUACUUCCUCAUCUCCAUGGUGCUCACCAUGAUGGCGCCUUUUUUCGUGCUGGACGCCAACGCUCCCUUUCCCCAUGUCUUCGAGAUGGUGGGCUACGUGGAGGUCAAGUGGAUCGUGACUAUUGGCGCCAACUUUGCCCUCUGCACAUCCCUCUUGGGCGCAAUGUUUCCUCUGCCACGCGUCCUGUACGCCAUGGCCAGCGACGGCAUCCUCUACAAGAUCUUUCAGAAGGUGUCGUCGAAGACGAAGACUCCAGUAGUCGCCACAAUGCUUGCGGGUUUCUUCGCCGCCAUCAUGGGAGCAAUCUUCAAUCUCCACCAACUCAUCGACAUGAUGUCCAUCGGCACCCUCUUGGCGUACUCCAUCGUGGCCAUUUGCGUGCUUGUGCUCCGCUAUCAGGAUGAAGACAUGCCCGAAGAUAUUAGCAAUGCGAGUGUUCUUGCCAAGAUGUUUAAUUCCAAUCGAAUAAGUGGAACCAAUGUCACCACAAGCGCCAUCAGCAAGAUCGGAAUUGUAAUGUUCAGCAUUCUGGCCAUUGUUCUCUGUGGUCUCAUCACCUUUGGCGACAUUAUCGACUAUCCAGUGAUUCAAAUUUCCGCGACGAUUGUUGUGGUCGCCAUGAUUAUUUGCAUUGUCGCCAUUGGGCGUCAACCAAUUUCCAGUGUGAAAUUAACCUUCCAAGUGCCUCUGGUGCCGUUUCUUCCCUGCAUCUCCAUCUUCAUCAAUUUCUACCUCAUGUUUCAACUGGACGCACACACGUGGAUUCGUUUCGCCGUGUGGGUCAUCAUUGGGUACAUCAUCUACUUCAGCUACGGCAUGGGUCACUCCAUUGAGGGAAAGCACCGAAAGGAAGAGGGCAAUAGACAGAUGAGAAGUGUUGAGAAGAACGUGUCUCAAUAUCAGGAAACAACUGGUACAUACAAAAUGACGCUGAAGGAAUAAUGUGGCGCCAUUUCAGUGCUGAGAGCAGCAAAACGCACCAUUGUGAUAGAUUGAAUAAAGUCAGGACAAAUAUUAUACAAAUGUAAGACGUCAUUGAUUGAUAUUUUCUCAUGUGAAUAAAUAAGAUAUUGCCA